CCACUGCACACUAAUAAAACUGGAAGUCAGAUCGCUCUCUCAGGACAAGCUGCAUCAUCUUCACAACUUCACUCUUCUGCACUCCACCAGCAAUGAGACCGCUAGUGACUCUUGUGUUCAUCUGCAUGCUUUUACCCAAAGCUGCUGGAGAACUGAGCUGCUAUACCUGUAAUCCCCUGAAGUGUGAACAAUAUGAUAAGGGGCUCUGUCCUUCAGGUUUGGAUUACUGCCUCAGUGCAUCAGCUACUUUGUUAAAGAAGACGUUUACUGUGAAAACUUGUGCAACAAAGCAGAUCUGUGACUUGACUCAGUCAUUAGUACCAGGACUUACCCUUGAAAAUGUGAAGUGUUGUCAGGGGAAUCUGUGUAACGGUGCUGAGAGCUUCACACUGAGUUUCCUCCUCAUGUUCAUCCCUCUGCUCUCCUCCAUCCUCUUCUACUGAGCUCUGAGGAAAAAGCUCACUUAAAGCUUUAUCUACAACAUGAUUACAAAAUAAGAAAGAAAAAUGAAAUGAUUCUCUUUUUCCACUUCACUGUACUGCCAUUUAUAACAUAAGUUCUGUCAAUAAAAUUUGUUGACUCAUAACUGCA